AUGACGCCUCAACCAAAAAGCGAGCUGGACACGGGAUUCUGCCGAGAGGACGCUGGCAAGGCGACAUCAUCAGGCUCCGUAGUUGAGAGUACCAGUCGUCUUGACGACAUUUCCGACCGGCCGAUGACCACGUUCGGCACGACCGGCAAAAAGGUGAGUUCGGACUGUAGACCUUCAGCAGGUCGAGUUCAUGAAGCCGUUGGAAAGACUUCCGCCAACGACCUACUCCAUUCGCCGAGUGCCUCUGUAGAAGACUUCGUGAGUGGAUUCCCUGCCAAUAUUGUCAGAAGCAGACAUUGCAGAGAAAGUGAUGCUCGAGCAGGCGGUUACGGUGGGGCUGUGAAUCCGUUCAAACCGAAGAAAAAUUGGUUGGCCCAAUACGACGGUCCGGCUGUGGAGCAUCGAGAAGGCGACAUGAACUCGCCGGUAGAGGAGAAAGUCAGUCAUGCGAAGAGGAGUGACCGACAAAUCGGUGCUGGCGGACCAACCUGGCCGGCACACUUGCAAGAGGUCAACCCCUCGAACGGGAUGCACAGAGCCUCGUCUGACUUGAGAACCUCGGCCGAUGCGGACUGGCUCGAGGACUGCCAACGGCAACGAGGAGAACAGGGAAAGAGGCGACUCUCGGCCGACCGAUCCCUGAACACGCUGCAGCAACCCGCACAGACGCCACCUCUUGGCGUCUGGCCAUUUGGCUUCGCAUGUUCUGCAGCACCGUCCACUUCGAUUCGUCCGAACCACAAAGCUUCUUUAGCACAGGCAAGCUCAGAGAUCUCCUGGUGCUGUCAAAAUUUACUCGAUAUAAAUAUGAUACGAGCAUUUAUAUAUAAAAUCUAA